ACUCUAAAAUGGCAAAUGAAAUAUUAAAUUUUGAAUUCACUUGAUGCAUAUUAUAAAGAAUUUUAUUAAGAAUCUUGUGAAGAUUUUCGCUUACAAUUCUAGAAUAUGGAGGAAUUAGAAUGCAGCCACCACUAUAUUAACUAACAAAAAAAAGGUGCUUAUCGAGUUUAAAAAGUUUCCACUUCCGAAAGUAUAAAAGAAAUGGCUAAAAGUUAUGGUCUCGCAACAAAUGUUCUAAUAAUUCAGAAAUGCUCCAAACUUUCAAACUUCCUCUCAAAACUGGGAGGAACUUAUUAGAGCAGCUUUAUCAUGCACGUUUAUAGAACUCUAAUUUACUAUAUAUGUUCGGAAUUACAAAUUAACUGCCAUAUUGAUUAAUUACCAUGACUAAUGACUAAUGACUUGAUUAUGAAGCUGUGUUUUGGAACAUAUUAAACGGUUUUGAAGAAUUUCACGUUUCUCGAAUAAAUACUCUAUGUUUUCUUUUCAAAAAUGAAUGAUUCACGAACUGUUGAGAAUAUUACUGAUCUGGAUGACUAUCUAUUAAAUGAUAUUAACUUGACUAACUACAAAUAUCCCUUAUCAACGUGGAAUGACACAGAAGUGGAUUUUAAUAAUUGCAGCUCAAACAACCUAUCCAGUUGCCCCUGGAAUGUAACUGAUAUCGAUGACAUUAGGUUUGACAUUGUUCCACCAGCCAAAGUUUACUGGACAUUAGUGAUGAUACCCCUUCCAUUGGUUGCCGUGGUUGGUAACAUUUUGGUCAUCCUCAGCGUUUACAAAGAAAGAAGUCUACAGUCUGCUACAAACUAUUUUAUCGUGAGCUUGGCUUUUGCUGAUCUUCUGGUGGCAGCAGUUGUAAUGCCCUUCGCUGUCUACGUGCUGGUUAAUGUGGAUUGGGAAUUAAGUGAGACUCUGUGCGAUUUCUACAUUGCCUUAGAUGUAACCUGCAGUACAGCCUCCAUCUUUAAUCUUGUUGCCAUCAGUGUUGACAGAUUCAUCGCAGUUACUCAGCCGAUAAAAUACUCGAAACACAAAAACAACAAACGAGUCUUCCUCACCAUUAUCUUCGUAUGGCUGGUAUCUGCUGCCAUAGGCUCACCCAUAGUCCUGGGCCUCAACACUUCUCCCGAAAGGCAACCGAACCUGUGUGUCUUCUACAACUCAGACUUCAUCAUCUAUUCUUCGCUCAGUUCCUUCUAUAUUCCAUGCCUUGUGAUGGUCUACCUUUACUACAAAAUCUUCAGGGCUAUUCAUGAGAGAGCGAGAAAAGCCAUCGGGAAUAAAGUUCCAACCAGGUCUAAGAAGCAGCGGCAAGACACCAGGACUUUAGUCAUAGAAAACACUCCACGCACAGGAAAUUCAGGUAUAAAUAGACAAAAUCAAGGCGUAUCUUACAUCAAAACACUGAGUCCUUUAAUUGAAGGAGAUGAAGUGAGCCAAAUCUGUCCAUCAGAGAAUGUCGAUGAGGAUGAUGAUGAUGAGGAAUCACCGACGACAGUCGAUAAGGAUUGUCAGAUCAUUAGCAAUGUUGGGAAUGUCUCAAACAAUGAGACAUUCAGCGUGGUUGAUCACGAGAGUGUGUCAUUGUCUGAAGUUAGGUCUACCAGCAAGAAAGCACCGACAUUCAAAGUGAAUGGCUCAGCUGUGGGGGAUACAGACUUGGGUGUGAAUGCUGUGGCGAAAAAGAAUAAAAAGAAAAAUCCCUUCAAAAUUGUUAAACCUGAAAAGGGUAAAAAGAAAAGAGAAAAGAAUGCUGCAAGGAGAGAAAGAAAAGCCACCAAAACUUUAGCAAUUGUUUUAGGUGUUUUCCUCAUGUGUUGGGUGCCAUUCUUUACGUGCAAUAUACUGGACGCUAUCUGCAUUAAGUUGCAAAAUGACACUUGGCGACCAGGAGUUACUGUUUUUCUGUUAACUACUUGGCUUGGUUACAUCAACAGUUGUGUCAACCCAGUUAUCUACACCAUAUUCAACUUGGAAUUCCGCAAGGCUUUCACAAAACUUCUUCUCGAGCCUUGCAAGUGAAGGUCAAUUAUAAUUUCAACUCUAGUCAAAGUCUUGUCUAAGUAUUUGAUGUGGUGCCAAUGAGAGUGUCGCCAAGCAAUUUUAAUAAGUUUCUCAGCAAAAAUAGACAAUGCUGUGCACAUCUAUUAUUAUCAGGCAAUAUUUGCCAAACAUGAUCAAAACAUAAAAAUUAUAUUUGAGCUGUACUUUAAACCUUCAACUGUCUUGUGUUCAGAAUGUGAACAAAAAUGUCCCUGGCGAGCAUUUACAGUAAAGAUACGGGCUCGGCCCGACCCCGGGUCCGGCGCAGGCCUGCUUACUGAAAAAAAAGGGUUCAGGGUCGGAUGGUCUCAGACUCAUGAUAAAAUUUUCAUAAACUUUUUUACAGCUUUUAAACAAACUCUUAUUUCAGUUGUUGAAUAUUAAAAAUUUAAAAUUUGCAUGGUAUAAAAAUCUGAAGCGAUCUGCAAAUUCUGUUCGGUGCUUUCGUUUUUUGAGGCUAGCGUUAAUUGUUUUCUUUUCUAAUUUCUGUUCUAUACAUCUUGGAGUUUCAGUUAAGGAAUAAAAUUCUAAAGCUAUCUUCAACUUAUGUUCGGUUCUUUUGUUAUGUGAGGCAAGCGUUAGUUGUUUUCUUAUUUAAUUUUUGUUUUAUUUACCUUGGAGUUUCAGUUAAGGUAUAAAAAUUUAAACCGGUCCACAACUUCUGUUCGGUGCUUUUACUUUGUAAGGCAAGCGUUAAUUGUUUUCUUUUUUUAAUUUCGUUCUAUUCAUCUUGGAGUUUCAGUUGGUUCAAUUUUUCUCUUCACUUUUUCUUUCAUAGAUUAGUGAUGAAAAAGUUUUUAAAUACUAAUUUUCUUGUUUAGACAACAGAGGUCAAGUGACAAGACAGUAUAAUUUGGCCUUUAUUUGAUGCAUAUCUCUAGCUCAUCCGGACUCGGUUUCUAAGUAAUACUAUGUAUCUUGAGCUCAGAUUAAAAUUCUUCAGGCUCAAAAAGCGAGCCUGAGUUCAUUUUUAAUGUACAGCAAUGAUUUCAGCAGAAAAAAAACCCCAUUAAAUCUCAUGAAACUGCCGGUUUUAAUAGGAAAAAAAGCAAGCUGAUUCUAUUCUGUGCUCAGAAUUGACAGUUGAAGGGUUAAAUUGAACGUGAAAUCUUUCGAAUUUUAUUAUUGUUGUUGAAAUUUAAAUUCUGAAAUAUCUGUUAACAUUAUCCUGUCAGAGCUUCAAGUACUCUUUCAUAUUUUAUAAAUGUCGUCUUUAUAUAGAUAUAGAUUUAAAUUAUUGAUGUGAUUUUGAAUGUGAAAAGGUGAAUUUGUUGUAAUUAAGAAAAUGUCGACGUGGAACAAUUUAUGUGAAUUACUAGGUCUGUUUUAAAAAUAGCUGCAAUAUAUUUUUGUUCUGCUUAUUCUGACCCAACUUUUCCCAUAAUUAUUUUUAUGCAAAUUAGAAAAAAAAAAUUGAAUCUGAGUACCUUUGUAAUUCUAAAAAUGGCGUUGUAAACAUCGUGGGUUCAUUAAUUACAUUUAAAUUAAAUUUUUUUCAUAUGAUAAUCAAAUUAAGUCGACAUUUAAGGUUAUGAAUUAAUCAAAAAUUAAUAAAUAAAAAUAAAGUGUAAGAUAACACCAAAUACACAAAAAUCAUUCCUUUCCAUAGCGGGUUAAAAAACUUUUAAAGACAUUAAGUUAACUAAGAACAUUGUUACAAAUGCAUUUUCUACAUUAGCAAUCACAAUUAAUUGACAAAACAAUUCAUUUCUAACUUUAAAUGAAAUUCGUUUUAAUUAAUAUUUUACAUGUUCUCCUUUUCAAAACCUGUUUCAAUUGUUUUAUCAUGCUCUGUAAACAAUUUCCAUAUCAAAUUACAAUAUAAAAUACCAUCAUUUUGGGUGCAUUACCCCUAAUUUCCAUUUUAUUAUAAUAUUUAUUUAAUUACAGUGAUUCAGUUAUUUACGGUAAUUCUAACUAUAAAAAUUACGGUAUAUCGAAAUUUCUGUUCCGUAACAUGUUCCGUUAAACAUUGAUUUUAGGGUAAAAAAUACUGGCACCUUGAAUGCCGGUACAUUGAAUGAGUGUAAUUUGAUGCGUUAAUCCAUUUGAGUGUAAUUUGAUCCGGAAUUUUGUACAGUGUUGUGAUAGUUUUCAUUAGUUUUCCUUACCUUAACUGUUAAACUAUUAUUGAAACGAUUAACAAAUGAGGCCAUUUUUUUGCAGUGCAGGUUUGUGAAUGCUUGCUAUCUUAUAACCUGUGAAUUCUUUUAGGAUUUAAAAUCCCAGGAGUUCUGCGUUUCUUUUUUAGAAAAAUGGUCCAUUGUUUUUUUCUGAUUUUUUAAAAUUUCCGAAAUGGAGUCGAACAUAUUUUAUAAAUUUCACUUUUGAAAGGAAAAUUUUCGUUCAGCAGCAGCAACGACUAGACUGUAUGAAAAAUAUUAAAAAAAUAUUUUGUUUAUAAAUGAAUUAGAACAUCCAAAAUUUCAUUUCAUUUCAAUUAACAUGUUCUCUACUAUGAUGUAAGAUGCAUAAUUAUUAAAUUUUUCUUAAAAUAGUGAAUGAAUUUAAACAAUUACGUCAGUUGUUUGGUAAUUAAACUUAUUAAAAAAUAAAAUGCUGUUAGCAAAUGGAUCUGAAGGGAAAAAAAGUGCUUAUGCGCGUUAAAACUUUUAAAAAGUUUUAUGAAUGACUUGAUUGUUUUAUGACGAGCAAUGAAGGGUACUGCCAAAAUACAUAGCCCAGUUAUCGUUAUUUUAAAAUAUGACGUACUUAUGAACGUAUUUUCUCAUAUCAAUAUACACCAAUAGUCAUACUUUCCGAUAUGUUUUUAACAUAAGAGUGAGUUGUACUUUUGAUACUUUAUUUUUAAUACCGUUACAGAGAAUUUAAUUAUUAUGUUUAAAAAUGAAAUCUAUGUAUAAUAGAAAAAUUAUUAGUUUUUUACGUUUAAUUUUGUGAAAUAUUUUGUAUAGAAUUUUAUGAUUCUGUAUGCUAAAAUUGAUGUGAGCAAUAAUUUAUAAAAGGAUAUAAAUCUUAUUAUGUAUUUUUUUGUAAUAUGUGGCAUUCCCUUUGCAUAGAUCUACAAUCAGUUUUUUUAUAACAUCACAACUAAUCACAGCUGAAAUUCGACUAACGGGGAAACGGAAAAAUUAAGAAAACUGUAAAAGAUGUAGUAAUUAGACAAUUUAAAGAAACCCGCACUUCUGUAAAAAUCAUAUUCAAACGAAAAUAAACUUAAAUUGAAAAUCAUGAUUCAAAAUAUUACAUGAGGUGGAAAUAUACUGCAACUACUGCCACUGGGUCAAGAUCAGACCCUUCCCCAAGAUUUUAGUAUUUAAUAGUAAUAGUAUUUAAAUCAAAAAACAAUGCAAUGGAUAAGGAGUUGUAGUGCUAUGUUAAAAAAUAUCCGCCUUAACCCUCUGAGGCAGAAUUUUGAUUAAACAUUUUUUUUUCAUCAGUUUGUAUGUUUGUUCAUCAGUUUGUUUCACUAAUUUGCAGUUAUUUGGAUCUAAGAGAAAUAGUUAUUAGAGAAUAGUUAUUUAAUUUAAAAUAUCAACUAUCGAUUAAUUUUUGAAUAUGAAUGAAGAAAAAUUUUGCUGUUUUUAUUUUUUUGGUUUUCAUAUUUUAGUACAGAUAUAUUUCCGAUAAUCUAACUGACUUUUUUAAUACCCAUUCGAUCCUUUUUUUAUAUUAAAAAAUACAAGCAGAUAUUUUUGCUUGAAAUCAGAGCAUCAGAAAGAAAAUGUAUAAAACGGACACCGGUGUUCCAUCUGCGUCAAAGGGCACCAAAAAUUUGCUAAUUUUAUCACUGCUGAAGAAAUUUCUUUUUUCAAUUUCAUUAAGAUUUAUAUGUUUAUUUAAAAAUAUAAUGUGUGCGAAAUUUUAGUAUUCAAAAAAUGUUCAUUGGUGUAAAACGUAAAACUAUCUAAAGCAAAAUUCUAACUAAGACAAACAUUUGUAUUCGUUUGAUUCCGAGUAGCGCAAAAAAGUAAUAAAAAAUCUUUUUUCCUUGCUAUUUAUCAGUUAUAAUUUUCAAGUUUCAAAUCAUUGUUUGAAAGUGGUUUAAAGUAUAAUAUAAGUAUUAUACAUCUAGGGGUAUGUCACAUACUGCAAAAACAUAGAUUACGUGUGCAUAUAUAAUUUUCCUGAAACUUUAAAGCAACAUCAUAUAAGUUGAAUUACCAACACUUAAUUGGAUUUUAUGUGUUAACAAAGUAAAUUCGAAAUGUUUAUUUUAGGACGAUUAAUGAAAGCCACGUUAAAGAAAUUUACGAUGAUUUAUUAUUUGUAUCUUGCAAUAUAAUUUUUACUUUUGUACUUAUUUUUGUGGAGUAAUUUGAUCUAUCAGAAAUAGUAGUUUGAUGCCAAGAUUGGUACAAAUUUUUGUUCGAUUAAAUGGUAAAUGUAACUUAAAUAUGUAAAUCUAAAUGUGUAAAAAUAUAAAAUAAAAUUUUAUUGUAUGAAA